AUGGUAAUGGUGCACCAGCAAGUUAUCAUCGAUGAGGUAGCUCGGUCUUUGCAGAUUAGUCAUAGUUCGGCCUAUCAAAUCAUCCACGAUGAGUUUGGCUCCCAUAAAGCCUGUGCAAGAUGGGUGCUAAGAACGCUUACAGCAGCGCACAAGCGCAAACGUUUUAAAGUCUGCCAACAUUUACUCGAUCGCUACAACAAAGAGGGCAAUGAAUUUUUUAGCAGAAUAGUCACAGGAGAUGAAACGUGGGUCCAUCAUUAUGAGGCAGAAUCCAAAAGACAGCGUAUGGCGUGGAAACAGCCUGGAUCGCCAGCGACAAAUUCAAGACUCAGUCUUCCGCGGGAAAGGUGA